CCAGCGGUUGCUGGGAGACAGCGCAGCCUCUGCGGAGUGUGAGCUUUUGUCUGCGGGUCGCGGCGGUCGCGGUGGUCGCUGCGGGUCCGGACGCCUGGAACCAUGGCGCCCAAAAAGAAAGGGAAGGGCAAAGGCACCCCAGUUGUGGACGGUCUUGCUCCGGAGGACAUGACCAAGGAGCAGGUGGAGGGGCACAUCGGCCGCAUCCGUGAGGAGCUGGACCGAGAGCGGGAGGAGCGCAACUACUUCCAGCUGGAGCGGGACAAGAUCCACACCUUCUGGGAGAUCACCCGGAGGCAGCUGGAGGAGAAGAAGGCUGAGCUGCGGAACAAGGACCGGGAGAUGGAGGAGGCCGAGGAGCGGCACCAGGUGGAGAUCAAGGUCUACAAGCAGAAGGUGAAGCACCUGCUGUACGAGCAUCAGAACAACCUGACGGAGAUGAAGGCUGAGGGCACCGUGGCCAUGAAGCUGGCCCAGAAGGAGCACCGCACGCAGGAGGGCACGCUGCGAAAGGACAUGCGGGCACUGAAGGUGGAGCUCAAGGAGCAGGAGCUGGCCAACGAGGUGGUGGUGAAGAACCUGCGGCUGAAACACACGGAGGAGAUCACCAAGCUGCGCAACGACUUUGAGAGGCAAGUGCGAGAAAUUGAGGCCAAGUAUGACAAGAAGAUGAAGAUGCUUAGGGAUGAGCUCGACCUGCGGAGAAAGACGGAGAUCCACGAAGUGGAGGAGCGGAAGAACGGCCAGAUCAGCACGCUGAUGCAGCGGCACGAGGAGGCGUUCACAGACAUGAAGAACUACUACAACGACAUCACCCUCAACAACCUGGCCCUCAUCAACUCCCUCAAGGAGCAGAUGGAAGACAUGCGGAAGAAGGAGGAGCACCUCGAGAAGGAGAUGCUGGAGGUGUCUGCGCAGAACCGGCGCCUGGCGGACCCGCUGCAGAAGGCUCGGGAGGAGAUGAGCGAGAUGCAGAAGAAACUGGGCGACCACGAAAGGGACAAGCAGAUCCUGGUUGGCACAAAGGCACGUUUGAAAGUUUUAGAGAAAGAGCUCAAGAGCCUGCAGUGGGAGCACGAGGUGCUGGAGCAGCGGUUUAUCCAGGUGCAGCGGGAGCGGGAUGAGCUCUACAGCAAGUUCACGGCGGCCAUCCUGGAGGUGCAGCAGAAGACAGGCUUCAAGAACCUGCUCCUGGAGCGCAAGCUGCAGGCCCUCAGUGCUGCCAUGGAGAAGAAGGAGCUGCAGCUCAAUGAGGUGCUGACAGCCUCCAACCUGGAUCCUGCCACCCUGACCCUGUUGUCCCACAAGCUGGAGGACGUUCUGGAAUCGAAGAACAGCACCAUCAAGGACCUACAGUACGAGCUGGCCCGGGUCUGCAAGGCCCACAGCGACCUGCUGCGCACCUACGAGGCGAAGCUCCUGGCCUUCGGGAUCCCUCUGGACAACGUGGGCUUCAAGCCCCUGGAGACGGCCGUGGUUGGGCAGACGCUGGGCCAGGGCCCAGCGGGACUUGUGAGCACCCCAACAUAGCCCCCACCCAGGACUUCUCCCUGCAGGACACCCCCUUUUACACCCACGGACAGCAGGUGUGUUUUUUUGAUUUGUUGGGUCAGCAAAUGAAGGCUUUCAUGUUU